UACACAGUCGAUAAUUUAGAACAUGUGGCAUGAAGUCCCAUAAACUUGUAAUGUCUAUCCAUACAGUUCGUCUGUGGUAUUAUUCAGCAAAAAUUGAAUGACUAUUAAUUGUAGAUGUAAAAUAUUGAUUUAAAGAAAUUUCAUAGAUAAUUUAAUGCAGUUGGAAACAAAUUUUAAUCAGAAUUGAUAUCACCCUUGAAUAUCUUUUGUAAUAUCUUAUAUACAUUUUCUUAUUUUAACUAAUAAUUAUUUGUCACAUAAUCAGAUUUAAGUGAAGAAAUAUCCUAAUCACUAAGUCGUAUUCUUAUAUAUAAACACGUUUCCUUGUUUUAAGUUGGUAUCUGACAGUUACACGUCGUAUAUAAUUUAUUUGGGGUCACAUCCUUAUGACGUUUCAGUGUAUGUAUGAUACGAAUCAUACACGUGUCCGCCUACUAAAGGUUUAGACGUUUAAUUAGAAAAACAUUACGUUCUGAGUGAAAUAAAUAUUAUUUACUUUAUUUUAGUGAAUACAAUAUGAAAUAUUUAAUUGUACUGUAUUCUAUUCUGUGUACGUAUAGUAUUGUUACAAGUGUAGAAAUUGAUAAUAAAUAUUUAAAAUGUUUGGUUUGUAGAUCCACCAUAAAAGAAAUUGAAGGGGAAUUAGCAAAAAUUGACCCUUCAAGAGAAAUUGAAGUAGGUAGUUACAGAUUAGAUGCAAAGGGAAAUAUUAUUCAUAAAAAGGUGCCUCUUGUUCAAUCUGAAGUUCACAUAUCUGAUAUAUUAGACAAUAUUUGUGAAAAAAUGUCAGACUAUGUAAGAGCAACGUAUAAAUCGAAUGGUCAACUAACAAUUUUGAAUCUUAUGGGUCCAUCUGGUGGUAUGAAUCCUGAAAUGACCAAAGUUGAUAUUAUUCAAGAUAAUGACUUGAAUAAAAGUUUAAAAUAUUAUUGUGAGGGUAUAGUGGAAGAAUUUGAAGAUUCCAUAAUUUCACUAUUUAUUCGCAAAGAAGAGAAUAUCAAGUAUCAGAUGUGUACAAACACUGCCAAGCUUUGUAGUUCUACAGAUUUUGCCCAUGAAGAUACUGAGCAAAAUGACACAGAUGAAGAACAUGAAGAAUUAUAAUGUACAAAAAUAAUAAAUAUAAGUACAGUGGAAGUCCCACAUUAGCCAAGCUGACUUUUGGUUCAAAACUGAAGAGGAGCAAGAGGACUCUUCCACACAAAACGCUCGGCUUUCGAUGCAUGGUCAUUAUUGGCGCACGUACUUGUACUAAUAUAUUUUUUACAUUUGAAAAGUGAUAGAUUUAAAUAUUACUUAACUAUUGUCGUUUAUUUGAAGGAAUUAUAAAGUACAAAAGCAUAAAAUGCGAAGUACGUAACAAAAAAAUAAAUACAUGUUUAAUACAUAAUGUUAAUUAUAUAUUAAGUUUAACAUUUAUUUGUAUACACAAAAUUAUA